AUGGUCAGCUUCGAUGAAGCUACCAACACUGAGGACUGCAUUCGUGUCCAGGAGUUCUCUCUUCUUCGGGUUCCCUAUGAAACACUGAACAGAAAAUUCCGCGUCGGACAACGUAUUAUCGACAAAGAAGUCACGAAUAUGAACACGAUCAUUUCGGAAAUAGAGAAGCUUCGCGACAAUCCAAAAAAAUUUGCGAAGAAGAAAGCUGAGUUUAAAAAGAAGCUUGAUGCUGCUCGAGAGCGCGUCAAGAAAAUAUCCAUGUCUCAAAACAAUGAGUGUACUGCUCUGAAGAACAGAUUGAAUCAUCUUCAGUCAUUUAAAAGUAAUCUUCAAUCAUGGAACACGGAUCGAUUCUAUCGCCAGCUGACGGAGUAUCUUUUCCAAUUUGGCUAUCAAGAGACGUCGCUCAAACUUGCCCAGAUUCUUAACUUGAACGAUCUCGUCAACGCGAACCUUUUUGUCAAAAUAACAGACUUGGAAGCGUCGCUUCGGAAGCAGUCCACAGCAGAGUGUCUCGCCUGGUGCGCUGAAAAUAAAUCGAGGCUGCGUAAGAUCAAGUCGCGGUUUGAAUGGGAACUCCGUCUUCAGAACUUUAUAACGCUGAUAACAGAGGACAAACGAAUCGAGGCAAUGGAGUACGCUAGAAAAUUUAUGACAGACCUCGUUCCCCAAUCUGCCAAGUCGACAGAGCUAGGACGGGCGAUGGCACUUCUUGUUUUUCAGCCGACCACACAUGUUGGCGCAUAUAAAGCUUUAUUCAGCGAAGACAGAUGGGAGUUUCUUUGCCAAAUGUGUCGCAACGAUGUUCUAAGAGUUCACCAAGUUUCGGAUGUUUCCGUUUUUGAGGCGACUUUAGAGGCGGGAUUAAGCUCUUUAAAAACACACCAGUGCUACUCAAAUUACCAUCAAUCCGACUCGUGCCCCGUUUGUUCUGUCUUCUUAAAUUCAAUUGCAAAACGGCUUCCGUAUUCUCAUUGCACGCAGUCGCAAUUCAUCUGCGCUGCUAGUGGGGACGAUAUAAAUGAGAACAAUCCUCCGCUGAUGCUGCCCAAUGGAAAUGUAUACGGCCAACGUGCAAUCAAUCUCCUCACGAAUCCAGCAGACGAUACAAUGACUUGUCCACGAACAAAUGAAACCUUUUCUAAGUUAGAUUUUAAAAAAGUAUACCUUCUGUAA